AUGUUAACAAAUGAAAUUUCAACUAUGGAAAAUGAAAUUACUAAAGGAUUAAGUUCAUUUACUACAAAAAAUUUCUUAGAACAGGGACAGACAACAGACGAUUUCGCUAUUCUUUCAACGUUUCGUUAUGAUCCUAAUUUCUCACAAUUGAAUGUAAAUGAAAAAAAUAAAAUAGUUACAUAUAAUAAAUGUUUAUUUGACAAUGAUAUGACCAUUGAUUUAAAAAAUUUAAGAACCGAAUCGGCUAAUUGGGAAGACCAAGAUAGCAAAAUUGAUCAAGACUCCGAAUUAGACUUAACAGAUGCUUUAAGUGUAAGAUUUUUAUUGUUACAAGCCCAGAUCGAUAGAUUGAAUAUCGCUUUGAAAUAUUUUGGUUGGAGAAGAGUAGUUACUUUUGAAGAAUUAUUUCCACAAUUAGUUGAUACAAUUUUUGAAGCAGAAUUUAAAUCUAAAGAUACAUUAAGUUAUAUUGGAAAACUCAAACAAUUAUUAUUAGGCAAGAUAAUCUUCAAGAUGAGAACUCUAAUAUUUAGAAAUGGCUCCAUUAAGAUUGAAGCUCAUCCAUUACCACAAACUGUGCACGAUACUCAACUGAUCUCGGUUACUCAGUAUUUUGUCAAAACUAUUUUAGCAGCUUUUAUCGAUGGAAAUGAGAAACCUAACUGGAUAACGUAUAUUGAUUCAGAAAUAACAUAUCCUUCCCCUUUUACAAUAUUUAAAACAACUAACCGUUCUCACUACACUCAAGCUAGAGAGCGCCUUACUAUGAAAAUAGAAGAAAACAAUUCCCAAAAUUUCAAGAACGAAAUUUUAUUGAAGAACGCAUAUGGGUUCUUAUCUGAAGGGUCAAUAACAAACUUCGCUAUCAAGUCUGAAAACAACGAAUAUCUGACUCCAAAUAUGAAUGUGGGAUGUCUAUAUGGAAUAAUGCGCCAAUAUUUAAUAAGUAAGAAUUUAAUAAAAAUAUUCAAUGGUCAUACCCCAUCUAUCAAAGAUGUAGGAGGUGAAAUUAUUCUAACCAAUGGUGUUAUGGGAUGUGUGCGAUCUGCUGUUUGCCAUAAAUAA